AUGUAUGCAGAGUUCAUGCAGGGGGUGACCCUCGAGUUCAAGCUGACGGUCCGCCACAGCGACGUGUCGCUUGCCGCCAUUCGCGAAAAAGACCUGGAACUGUGGACCGCUUUUGAGGAGCUGGUGCGCCGACGGCUGGGCGUGCAGCCCUACCCCCCCGCCGUGUGCGACACCCUCCGGCGCCACUUUGCCGGCUUCGAGCUGACCCAGGAGAUGGUGCAGCGCGCACAGCGCUACGGCGUGGCCCCCGUCACCUGGGCCCUGUCCGAGGACGGGGCGCUGACCGCCUGGGCAGCGGGCCCCGCGGAGGCGGCCUCCCACGUGGAGACCACCCUGACGCAGGCGGUGCGCCAGCUGGAAAGGAUGGAGCGAGUGAGACUCACGCCGAGGUCGCUGCUGGCCAGCGCGCUGGCCCGCCUGGCACUGGGCGUGGCGCGGCUCAACGCGCGCGUGCCGCCCGGCCCGCGCAUGUUCCUCUUUGCCGGCCGGCGCUCCAGCUCCCGCCGCUUCCUGGUGCUGCAGAACUGGUACUGCGGCCUGCACCUGCGCGGCUGGGCGGGGACCUCGGCCCUGCUGGCGACCGCCACGCUGGACGGCACGCUGCGCGCGCUGGGCUCACGCCUCGAUCGCCUGGGGGUGGGGCCGCUGGUGGGCACGCUGGCGCACGAGACGCUCAUGCUCACCGACCAGCUCCUGGCCGGCUACGACAUUCAACAGGCGACGGGUGCAGCGACCGAGCAGGAUGGAGCGACGACGACAGUGGGCUGCCUGCUGGGGCACCUCCUGCUGCUGGCCAGCGGCGGCGGGCUGGCGGCGGCCACCGCGCUGCCAGAUACCCAGGGCACUCCCGGAUUCGUGGCAUCGGCUCUGGCCGCACGGCCGCCGCGGGAGUUCCUGGCCGAUCUGGAGGCCAGGCUGGACUCGGGCAGCUACUGCGACAUGGCCGAAGUCGUGAUGACCGCCUGGGAGGAGCGGUGGCGUGGAGUGGAGGAGGGGGCGCGGCCCCCAAGACCCAGGUUCAUCCACAGCAAUCUGGAGGGCUGGGAGAGCGUCGUGGAGCUUGCCAGGGCGCCAGAGCGCGUGCGGCCCUGGGCCUUUGCCUUUGGGACGCUGGCAGAUGGGUUCCUCCCUUUCCAGGACGCUUCGGGUGGAGAGGUGGAGGUCCACCUGGGCAGCCUGGUCAUGAAGGCUGUGCAAGCCAGGCACCCUGGAGCAGUGGGCAGUGCCGCCGAGUCGGCAGCCAAGCUGGGCGACGACAGCGCGGGGGGGAAGUUUGAGUUUGACACACGGCUGCCAGAGGGCACAAAGGAGCGCAUACUGGAGCGGUUGGGCCAGCUGUCGCAGGCUCAUGAUCUCGAGGGCGAUGCAGUGUCAAAGGCACUGGCACAGGCCUACAGUGCUGUCACCCGGGAACAUCUGCUGCAGUGA